UGUGAGUAUGACGUAGGAAAUAGGAUUGUAUUAGAUUUUUUGACCACCACAUUUUUUAAACAGAAUUUUAUAAUAUUACUUAAUUAUUGCAAAUGAAUUUUCUUCAUAAAAUAUUGGCUAUUCGUGCAAAAUGUUUUGUUAGCACUUCACCUAAAUUUUGUUACUAUCGAGAAACAAAAAUGAAUUUUCAUUCAGAUAAUGCUGCAAAAAGGAUUGUUUGGGUUGAUUUAGAAAUGACAGGGUUAGAUAUUGAAAAAGAUCAUAUCUUAGAAAUAGCCUGUUUAGUAACCGACUGUAAUUUGAAUUUGAUCGCAGAAGGACCUAAUAUAAUAAUUCAUCAACCUGAUGAUGUACUCAAUAAUAUGAAUGCAUGGUGCAUUGCUCAACACGGUGAGAGUGGAUUGACUAAGGCUAGUCGGGAAUCAAAAUUUUCUGUAUCGGAAGCGGAAAAUCAGAUAUUGAAUUUUAUAAAGUCUCAUGUGCCUGAGAAAAAGUGUCCAUUAGGUGGAAAUAGUGUCUACAUGGAUAGACUAUUUAUAAGAAAAUAUAUGCCUAAUCUUAAUGAAUAUUUGCACUAUAGAAUUAUUGAUGUCAGCUCUAUAAAAGAAUUAGCUAAGCGAUGGUAUCAAAAGGAAUAUUCAAGGAUACCUCAAAAGAAGUUUCAUCAUAGAUGUUUAAAUGAUAUUAAGGAAAGUAUAGAAGAGUUGAAUUAUUAUAAGCUAAAUAUAUUUAAACAAUAAUAAAAUAAUGUAGAAAAACUUCAA